CCAAGCUCCAGCAGUAAAGUAAACUAAGGCUCCAGGCGCAGUGGCGGGGACGCACGUAGGUAGGGACGAGUGGCGGCAGUUUCCCCCAGUGAUUUAUUAUUUUUGUUUCGCCCCCACAAUCACAAUCAAUAUCGAAAUACUUGUUCUCCUUCCUCCGAUCUAAUUCCCUCUGCAUGCUGGCAUCCUUUGCUUAAGCCUUGAUUCCUCUACUUCGGCUGUGCCUUCUACUCAACUACCGUGUAUUGCAACAAAGGUUUUCACAGAAAUCAUCGUAGGUUGCUGGGGUGGGAAAGAGAAGAUUGUGGUGGAGGAUUUGGGUUUGUUUCCGGAGAGGUGGAUUCGAAAAUUUUGAUCGAGUUUGGGGGGAUAGUUUUCAGCAGGAAAAGAGUUCAGUACUGUCCCGCAUACCAACCAAGGCUUUGACAUGAGCCAAAAUAACCAACCUUUCAGGCCAUCUUUUAUACUUCAUUAGCCUCACUGAUCAAGCCUUCGAUCAAUUUGCUGCAAAUAAAAAACCCCCAAAAUGAGCAAGAGAGGAGGAGCCAAGAGAGCAUCAAACACAACAUUUGGGUCAAACAAUCCAAUUUCACUGAGAGAGGACAAAAACCAAAGCAAGGGAGGCUCCACCAACCCCAAGGCUGCAUUGAAGCUCGAGCACUUGCAGAGGCUAGCUUUAUGGACCAGUGGGGAAGCUUCUAUUCCUUCUUUGGGGGCCUUCUUUGGGCAGAAGUUAGCAUCUACUCAAGAGGGUCUGGAUGUGCCCCCUGACCCUUCUCUGAUUUCUUGCCAGAGAUGUGAAACGAUUCUUCAGCCUGGCUUCAACUGCACUAUUCGCAUUGAAAAAAAUAGAGCAAAGGCACGACGAAGAAGUAAGAAGCCCGCUAAUUUCACUUUCACUCAGAACAAUGUAGUGUAUACAUGUCACUUCUGUUCUGAACGGAAUGUGAAGAGAGGAACUUCACGCGGACAUAUGAAAGCGAUCUGCCCCCCGAAGAUCAAAAAAGCUUCAAAUUUGAAACCUGCUAAAUCCAUUUCUCAGAAGUUUGCCACCCCAAAGAAGAGCACUGCUGGUGAGGAUAACGUUAGUAAAUUGAAAUCCGGAACUCCAACUGUGGAGGAAGAGAUUCCUACUGUGGAUAAGUUCGUCACUUCUUCAACGAAAGAUGAAGAGAUUCCUACUGCGGAUAGUCCCACAACUCCAAUGGUGAAAACCGCAAUUAGGUUGUUGGACUCGAAGAGAAAAAAGAGAAACAAAUCAGCGUCCAAGAAACGAUCUGAACCCGAAAACAGUCCAGCCGCAGCAGAUGCAGAGAACUCUUUCAGCACGACAAACAAACGGAGGAGAAAAUCAUGGACUAGUUUAAAGGAACUCGCUGAAAGAAGUGAGCAGAAGAAAAACAUCAGUGAUCUGUCAAUCCCUUUCUUUAUGUAAGUGGGAUGAUACCUAGCGUAUCUCGGAAGAUCAAAUUUUGAAUGAGAGACAGUAUUUCCUUAA